AUGGACCAGAUGGCUGGAAAAGAGAACGGACUGGGCCUGGACUCGGUCAUCCAGAGCGCGCUAGCGGCCGGCAUCCCCAUCCCCCAAGUGCUACAAUUUCUACAGAACUCCAUUCAAGUACCACAACCUUUCGCACAGACUCCGAACCAACAAUUGUUAGCUGCCGUAGCUAACCCAGCCCAGUUAUUGGGAGCACAAAACGCUUCAAAUGCUGCCGGACUAGGACAAUGUGAGUACUUUUCCAACAUAAGAUGUCUUUCUUGUGAAUUUUAAAAACAUUUCAUAUUUUUUAUUUUUCCUAAAUUAAAAUUUUACGCAAAUUGAAGAAUUCGUUAUAGUAGGUAACCCCAACCUAAACUUCAACUUGGCCGCCCUCAAUCAACCACAACAACAAGUUCAUGCCGUUUCAUCCCAAGCCCCUCAAUCCUCGUUGAACUCAAGCAUUAAUGGAGCUGAAAACGGCUCGCUUCCAUGGCCCAUCUUCCAGCCGGCUGUCCACGUGCCCCACUUCGACAUGACCACCUACCAGAAAGUGAAUCUAGAUGCCCAGGCUUCAGCGUUACCCAGUGGAAUGGACCUUCCUCUUCAUGAUAUGAACACACUCAGGUUCUUCUUCAACUUCGGAGUUCACCAUGCUCGUCAGAUUCUGCUAAGAGAACAUUUUCAACUUCAACCAGGUCAAGGAGGUCAGGCACAGCCAAGUAGUAGUAAUGCUGCUGCUUCACAACUAACACAACAAGGGCAGCUGUUGUCUAACAUGUCCAAUCAAGACCUUUUGUAUCAGCAAAUGUUGUUAAAGUAAGUAUAAUUUAUCAGUUUUUAUCCAUUUGAGGAGUUUAUAACCUUUUCGAUCAGACUUAUUACAUUACCAUACAAUGAUUACAAACAUUACUUGAUGUUUAAUAAUCUACAUGACUUUAGAACGAACCAAGAUCUCACAAAUGCCAGUAAACCGGUCGGAACUCCCCUUCCUGGCUCCACAAGUGCCGUCACAGAUCCCCGCUCAGCCUUCCAGCUUCAGAAAGACCUUGCCAACAGUCUGGUAUGUUAUUGUAGAUGAUUAUUAUUCUGGUUUUAGUUAAACAAACCACAAGGAUUACAUGUCAAGAGCGAGCCCAUGGAUAAUAUUCUAAUGCAAAGCUCACUACUCGGCUCGACGUCAGCAGGUACGUUAAAUAAACACAAAGCAACAUACUACGUGUUUGUGUUGGCAUAUUUUAUUUGUUUUGCAACAUUUUUUGUAGUAUGUUUUGGUUAUGGUGUAAUAUUUGUUUCCAAAACUAAAAGUUGUAAUUAAUUUUAGCUCGAGGUGUGUCAAAUGUACCGCAAAGCACCCCUUUAGCCAUUUUACAACGGCAACAACAAGCUCAACAGAUACAAACGAGUGCACAGCAAUCUCAGCGACAUGACAAUGAGGUGGGUUACGGUAACUUAUAAAUAAGCACCUUUAAAGUAGUCUAUUGCAAACUUUUUCGAAAUAUAGCUAAAAAGACUAGACGAGCGGUUGUCGUUGCAGGUGCUUCGCCCGCAGGCCGUCUCUCUAAACGAGCUGACUGGAUCGGCCCAAAUCCAGCAACUUCUUCAGCAACAGAAUCUGGGCGGAUUGUUGCAGAACAAAAGUCUAACCCAAGUUCCAUUGGAUCCGGCACCACGUCAAGUUAUUCCCACCCGAGAUCAUGCAACGUCGGGCGGGGCCGCCUUGCCAACGUCAGCCGGCUCUACUUUUCCCCAGGUGCGCGAUUUUAAAACUUUGUAACUUCUUUUCAGUCCUAAUCUGUGUAUAAAUAAGCCUUUGACAUAAUGAAACCGUGAACGUAAAUUCAAAUGUGUUCUAAAACCAUAAUUUCAGAAGGAAGCCCAAGACCAAGCUGAUCGUAUGAAGCCGACUGCCAUCGUGCGUGGUGCCGUAGCAGACGUAGCUAAUCGGACUCAAAGUAGUCCACCAAAAGGAUCAGAAGCCAACACAGUUUCGUCUUCUUUAAGCUCGUCGAAUGGAGCUGCUACACAACCAAGUUCGAGUAGCCAAGAUGCAGCUGCUGUAGCCGCGGCCAAUGCCUUCGUGAGCCAGUUUGGCGGCGCUAAUGGCCAGGUUCCGUCGCUAGCCGCUCAAUUAAGCGCCGCCAUGGUGGCUUCAACAUUUAUGAAUCCGUCGAAGCUACCUACAGCUAGUUCAACAUCGUCGGCGGCUACGACGAAUGAAAACCCGGAUGCACAUCUACUGGCUGGAACGUCGCCCUAUGCCAAGUUUGUAAGUACCUUUUUUAUUUCUUAUUUUAGAUCAUGCCAAUAAGAAAACAUCCUUGGAAUGUUAAAAUGUGUUCAAAUUACUAAAUAUGUUACUUACAGCCAGCCCUAGCUCAGAGUGCGUCACGCGCGACAGUGCCGACAACCGAAAACAGUCAUUCCAACGAUAUUAACCUAUCAGAAAUCAAGGCAGAAUCAAUUCUACAGACCUCGGAACAACACUUUACAGAAGCUUUCAAGCGGUCGAUUCAUCAACAGGUUCAAGGGAAGAACGGCAAAGGAUCGCCAGCUAAUGAGCAGGCCGAAUCUCCUGACAAAGUUCAACGGAAGUCGGGUGUUAACAUGUUGAAUGUGGACAGAGAAGGCGGAGAAUCCAGGAAGAACAGCGACAAACCUGUAUGUCCUUGUAUAUAAGCUUAGGCCCAAUCGAGCGCUUUUUUGGAUUAAUUUUGUGCUUCUGAACCGAAGAAGGACAAGAUUUUGUUUGACAAUGGGUCAAGUCUUCUUUUUUUCUAAAAUGCGAGUCAAGUAUUUUUUUUCUUAUUCGCCCAAUUGUUCACCGUUUUUUUCUAAUUAUGCUUUCUAAAUUAAUGAAAACUUUUGCAAAAUUCACUAUAACAUGUACAAUCCACCAAAGGAUUUCCAGAUACCGUCAAUGAUCAACUACAUGAACUCCUGUUUGACCCAGAUCAAAACCCAAGUUCAAAGCCAAGGCGGUGCUCUUCCGAUUGAUCAUAACGGUCGGCCAAUAGACUACUCUUCACGGCCUCCUGAUCCGAUCUUUCGUCAGGCUCGCGAGAAGUUGGACAAAGAUCGUGACUUCUUGAUGAUUCGUCGAGGUUCUCCAAGUCUUCACGUUCAGCCAGAAUCCGCGUCUUCUGAUGCCUGUCCAAUCGGAAUCAGCGAUGCGCGGGCCAGAAGUGAGCAGCCACAAGACGUACAGAAGAAGGUGAACACGUUGGCUUCAACUAAAGGCCAACGACCACGAUCUACACAGCCUGGGGCAGAAGGCGCGUUGGAGAAUCCAGACGACGGGCCAGAAGAGAAGAAGCAGCGUCUGGAGGGGGAAUCUGUGUAG